AGCUGGAGGUCUACCAGAGAUCACAGUGACCUUUGAUAAUGGCCGGGUCAUGUACGGCUUCUGCAGCCUGAAGGAGCCCACGGCUGCACUGCCGCGCUACGUCCUCAUCAACUGGGUGAGACUGUGUGUGUGUGUGUGUGUGUGUGUGCAUGUAUGUGUGUGUUAGUAUAUGUAUGUCUAUAAAUGUGUGUGUACAGUACAUGUGUAACUAUAUGUGUAUGCCUCUAUAGGUAUACUGUAUGUGUGUGUCACACACACUUUCUCUCUGAUGGCCCAAGCCCUCCCUCCCUCCUGUCAGUGUGUGUCCACUCAGCCCAGUGAAGCUCUGAGUAAUAGGAGCUGAGGCAGUCUGAGACAGUCUAAUGGGCUUACUGUGCCUAUCGUUGUGACAGGCCCAGACAUCCCCUCUGGCUACUGGUCUCUGUCACAGCACCACUCACCACUCUGCUCUGCACUGACCCAUAGCACACAGCAGAAUGACCAUCAUAUGAUUUAAAUUUGCAGUAGAUAGUGCUUUCCUCAAAUCAAAACUCUUUACAUUGUGAAAGGGUAGCUAACUCAUACCAUAUAUAUAUUAACUAGGAGGUGAAUGGCCCUGGACUUGGUAUUAUUUGACCAAUUAUUGUAUUAUUUUAUAAUUCUGUAGCAGCAGCAGUACCAGUUCAGUAGCCAUGUGUUUUUAUGGUUGAUUACUAUUCCACUAUUCCUUUCAUGUAAUCAGUGGCCAUUGUGUUGUUUUGAAUAGGCCAUGGUAAUGCAAUCCUACCAGGAAUGUUCCUGUUGAGACACAAUGCUUCAUUCACUCAUAAUUACUACUGUUAAUCUGGACACAAAGACAACAUUUUGAAUGGAAUACAAAGAGUGCAUCCAAUCCUUUCAAUGUGGUUACUUUGAUUGAUGAUGAUGAUGAUGAUGAUGAAGACGGCGAUGAUGACACUACAACUGUAUUCUUCAAGUCAGAAACACACAGUAGCUCUAACACAGUCUCCUCCCGCCCUCUUCUCUCCCUCUCUCCUCUCCCUCCCUCCCUCCCUCCACUCCCCCUCUCUCCUCUCCCUCCCUCCCUCCCUCCACUCCCCCUCUCCUCUCCCUCCCUCCCUCCCUCCACUCCCCCUCUCCUCUCCCUCUCGCCCCUCCCUCUAUUCUCUCCCCCUCUCCUCUACCUUCCUCCACUCCCCCUCUCCUCUCCCUCUCUUCUCUCCCCCUCUCCUCUACCUCCCUCCACUCCCCCUCUCCUCUACCUUCCUCCACUCCCCCUCUCCUCUUCCUCUCUUCUCUCCCUCUCUCCUCUACCUCCCUCCACUCCCCCUCUCAUCUCCCUCUCUUCUCUCCCUCUCUCCUCUCCCAGGUUGGUGAGGAUGUGCCUGAUGCCAGGAAGUGUCAGUGUGCCAGCCAUGUGGCUAACAUUGCAGAGUUUUUCCAGGUCAGUCUCACUGAGGUAAACCCAACUACUGUUUAUUAAAACUAGCCUGGAUGACUAGCUAAAUUAAUACAUAUUUGAUGUUGUCUUAUGAAUGCUAUCUGCCCCUAUGGGCCCGUAUUCUUAAAGUAUCUCAGAGUAAGAGUGCUCAUCUCUGAUCAGUUCCCCUCUGUCCGUUAUCUUAUUAAUUAUGAUCUAAAAAGCCAAACUGAUUCCCUACUCUGAGAGGUUUUAUGAAUAUUGGCCCAGAUUUUCUUUCAGGGUAUGUCAGUGAUUCAUUUGGGUGAAAGACUCAGUAUUGUCCUCUACCAGCCAAGCCAGAGCAGCAGCCAUUAGCUUCUAGCUUCCUAUUGAGAUUCACCUCAGUGCUCUCUGGGCAUAGGAGUGAUUCCAAUGAUCUGCCCACAGGAUUAGUUGAGAUAGUGUGUGUGUGUGCAUGUCUGCGUGCAUUACCUGACAGUCAGCUGAUGAUGCAUGGUGUCUGAUGUGUCUAUACUGUAGUGUAGUGUGUGUGUGUGUCUGUGUGUCUGUGUCUGUGUGUGAGUGUGUGUGUGUGUGUGUGUGUGUGUAUAGGUACGUGUGUAUAUGUAUGUAUGACUAACACAGCACUCUCUAUGGCUAUUGUGAACAAGGCGCUCGGCGGUAGUAGCGAGCUGAAUGAAAAUCCUCUCUGCUUUUUAUUAAUGGUAUCUCCUGUGUGUGUGUGGUGUGUGUGGUGUGUGUGUAGUGUGUGUGUGUGGUGUGUGUGUGUGGGGGGUGUAUGUGUGUGUGGGGUGUGUGUGUGGGGGGGGGGGGGGGGGGGGGAUUGAGAGAGAUGGAGAUAAAGAGCAGAGUAUUUCUCCUGACUGAAGGCUAUGGAGCUGGAGGAAUCUCUAGCCAGCCAGUGUCAAGCAUCUUCUCCAUAACAGCUCUUUUCUCUGGCCAUUCAGACUGAUCUGCUUGAUCACACUGUCGGCUCUGGCCUUGAAUUUAAUGUGGGGUUAGCUAGUUGAAAAGACAAUAUUGAGCUGGGAGACACAGACACUUGUCAGGUACACACACAGGCAAACAGGCAGGUAGGUACACAAUCUCAUGCAUGCACACAGGCACGUACUCACACGACACACAUGCAGGCAGGUACACUCACAUACACACACACACACACACACACACACACAGACACACACACUACCGGUGCCUUUGUUUUCUCUGUGUUUGAAGAUGAAUCAGUGUAUGGCUUAUCCUGUCUCAGAGAUCAUCCCUACACACAGAACAGGAUUCCCACAGCAUCACUCUCACUCCCAAACAGAUCAGCCAUUUUGACUGGAAAACUUUAAUGCAAACUGAUAGUGUGUGUCGCUGUGUAGGUUGAAUGUAAUCUAUGGUGAAUAUAAAUAUGUUAUUAAUCCUGUAAUUAAUUCAACACUAUCAUUUUGAUGUUUGAAUGCCUUUUAGCUUCUAUCCCCAGUAAUAAGCUAGAUAUUUCUCCUUUAGCUCUCUGUACAUCCUCAUAUCUCUAUAUCAUUACAUCCACAUAUCUCUAUAUCUUUACAUCCUCAUAUCUCUACAUCUUUACAUCCUCAUAUCUCUAUAUCUGUACAUCCUCAUAUCUCUAUAUCAUUACAUCCACAUAUCUCUAUAUCUUUACAUCCUCAUAUCUCUACAUCUUUACAUCCUCAUAUCUCUAUAUCUUUACAUCCUCAUAUCUCUAUAUCUUUACAUCCUCAUAUCUCUACAUCUUUACAUCCUCAUAUCUCUGUAUCUUUACAUCCUCUUAUCUCUACAUCUUUACAUCCUUAUAUCUCUACAUCUUUACAUCCUCAUAUCUCUGUAUCUUUACAUCCUCUUAUCUCUACAUCUUUACAUCCUUAUAUCUCUACAUCUUUACAUCCUCAUAUCUCUACAGACUCCUUCUCUCCAUCGACCCGCUCUCUUUUAAUCUCUCUCUCUCUUGCAUCCUCUUAGGCCAUCUGUCUGCCCCUCUCUCUCUUCCUCCAUCUCUCUCCUCUCUGAACAUGACAUAACAACCUUUCUCUUUCCAGCCAUGUGUACUGUGGCUCUAAAGCUAGUGAGUGAUGUGUGUGUGUUGGGCACAUUGCCCCAAUCAAAAGUAGUCUGAGGAGGCCUGUGCCCCAUGUGCCCUGCAGUCUGACACAAAUAUGACCUCCACAGAACCCCUGGGAGCCUGCUCCUUUUACCGUGGGAUACCAUCUCACACAAGCCAUUUAAAGGGGGAAGGUAUACUUCCAUUGAAGGUACUUGUUUUGCUUUUUUUGCCCGCAGGGAGUCAACGUCAUCAUCAACGCCAGCACCAUGGAGGACAUCGAACCAUCUGCCAUUGGACAGAGACUGACAAAUGGGACAGCUUCGGUGGCCAGCCCCGUCCUCAGCCGGCUGAGAACCAGAGAGGAGGAGAAUGGAGAGCAUGGAGUGGUACGAGAGAGAGGGAGGAUGGAGGGAUGGGGGAGGGAUGGGUGGGUAGAGGUGGAGGAUGGAAGAGAUGGAGGGGAUGUGAGGUGGAGGAUAAGAUGGAGAGCUAUAUGGAGAGAGAGGAUUGGAAGGAGUAGAGAGAUGGAACCAGAGAAGGGAUACAAUGACUGAGAGGGAGGUGGAGGGAUAGAGAAAUGCCUCCUUGAGAGAAGGGUUAAAGGGACAGUGAGACGGCGCCUGGCAGGAGAGGAGGGGGCGUUACUACAGAGGUCAAAACAAGUUGUCUGUGAAAGAGCUCUCUAUUAGUGUGAUGUGUGACACAAGGCCACAGCCAUGUUACUGUUUUAGAGGAGAGGAGAGAGUGUGGGAGAGAGAGGGAGAGCGAGAGACACAGAUAGAUUAAUGGAGAGGAUGAGAUAGAGGGGGAGAGAGAGAGGGGGAAAGAGAUGGAGAAAGAGAGAAAGAGCGUUGGAGCGGGCCUCUGAGAGCGAGGCAUUGUUAAUGUUUAGGAACUUAAACAAUGGGCCUUACUGUGUGUUAGAGAGUCCAUAAGGAAUGAGUCACUCAGCUGGACAGCUAGCAGGCUCCUUGCUCAUUCUCUCUCUGCGUAUCUGGACACAACUGAACCAGGACGUUAGGCUAGCCGCUGCGCUAAAGGUACAUUACAUUCUGAUAGAUCGUCUACAGUGUAUUGCUACCAAAACAUGACGACAUUAAGCUGAGGUAAAUUCCUUGAGUUUAAAGAAUGAUAUAUACUGUAGAUUAACAAACUAACAAGACUAACAAAAUGUAUUGUGUCAUAGGGUUUUACAAUGAUAACAACCAUUCUAGCAUUCAAUUUCUACACCAACAAUUUCACACUGGCACUUUUGAACAGGCUACCCUGUGGAUAACAUCUAUCUUUAAGCCCGCACCUAAAGGGUACAAGCUGUUCUAUUCUCUCUGUAUCUGAAUCAUAAAUCACUUAGUGCUUUCUCUGUUCUUAAUGGAUACUCCCCUUCAUACAUAAUAUAGAAGUUAAAGUUAUAUAACUUCAUAUAAAUCAUAUCCAGGCUAUGGCGCACAAUAAGGGAUACGGUAAUUCAAAUCAAAUCAAACUUUAUUUGUCACAUGCGCCGAAUACAACAGGUGUAGACCUUACCGUGAAAUGCUUACUUACAAGCCCUUAACCAACAAUGCGGUUCAAGAAAUAGCGUUACCAAAUAAACUUAAGUAAAAAAUAAUAAAAAGUAACAAUAAAAUAACAAUAAAGAGGCUAUAUACAGGGGGUACCGGUAAUGAGUCAAUGUGCGGGGGUACAGGUUAGUCGGGUGUCGAACAGAAAUAUGACACUAUAUGUCUAGUCUGACCCUGUUGGUUACGGGGUGGUGGGGUGCAAUAGGAUUUGGAGGGCACAGUAAUUGUACUAUAGCAGACGCUGACCCUGAACUGUGUAUGCGCGUGUGUGUCAUGGCUCUAUGACUAAUGGUUGUAACCAACCACUUCCCCUUCCUCUCUCCUUUCCUCUUUCCUCUUUCCUCUUUCCCUAUUGGGCGGAUGUCCAGGGCACCGUGUACACCAAAACCAACGCAGAGAUCGAGAUGAAGAAGAUCAAUAGAGAGGAAUUUUGGGAACAAGCCAAGGUAGGAAAGAACAUGAUUCCCGCUAACGUCAGGAGGGAGGAAUGGAAGGAGGGAGGGGGGUUUGACUGGGACAAGGACUCUGGAGACAAGAAGAGCAGAAUCUACCUUUUCCUCAGAUUAGGAAUGAUAGCAUGAAUAGUCGUUUCAAUUUGAGUGUGUAGGAGUAGCAUCAAAACAAAGUCAAACAAUGUCUUCCAGAAGCAACGCCACUAGCCAAUGAGACAGACUCAAAUGAGAGAUGACAUCCACUGCUCUCUGUCCUUGAGGUUAUUUUAAUUUGAAUCAUUGUGAGCGGGCGGCUUUGCCCUCUACAAGUUAUAUUGUGUUGAUUUUGCUCAAUAGAAGGACCAAAGCCACAUUUUCUGUUUUGCAUUUUAGUCAUUGAUGUUUUAUAAUGUUGUGACUAAUUGGUUAUUGAAGUAUUGAACAAAUAUUGAAAUAUAUUUAUCCUUUGUGUGUACCAGCGUGAGGAAGAGUUGAGAAAGGAGGAGGAGAGGAAGAAGGUUGCUGAGGAGAGGCAACGAUUCGAGGAGGAGAGGAUGGAGCUGGAAAGGAAAGAGCAGGAGGAUAGAGAGAAGAGGUACCGCGAGAGGGAGAGGCAGAUCGAGGAACACAGGUAGUGUUCUUAUGGGUAAUGUGCUGUAUCACGGUAAACUCUGGUGCUUGGUCCAUGUGGUAACUCUGUGUGUGUGGAGCAGAAAGAAGAUGCAGGAGGAAGAGGAGGCCAAAGAGAGGACACGGAAUCAGCCCCUCAUAGUAAGUGUGUGUGUGUUAAUGCUGUAGUAAGAGAGUGUGUGUGUGUGUGUGUGUGUGUGUGUGUGUGUGUGUGUGUGUGUGUGUGUGUGUGUGUGUGUGUGUGUGUGUGUGUGUGUGUGUGGGUACCAGAGUAUUAUGUGUAUUCUCUGUUCCAUGCCAAAGAGGGUCUUGCCUUAGUUACUCCCCACCACUGAAAGAGGCAGUCUGCUUUUAGAGAGCAUUUCGGAUCUCAUUUUGAGACUAGUCACCAUGCAUCAUUGAUAUUGUCUGGGGAGAAAGGUUAAGAUGAAUCAAGAGUUCUAUUUCAUUUUCCUGUUUUAAAAAAUCCAACAACAUUUAUUCUCCAAAUAUUGGACCCCACAAUAUUUGAACUUCUCUCAUACUUACCAUUCCACAAAAGCCACCGUUAUUUUAAGACUCUCACUUUGUUUCAGAACACUUUGAAAAUGCCAGCUUGUACGUCUGUGCUUUUGUAAUGGCUGCCAUGCUAUGAACCCUUGUACCCAUCUCUCUCUCUCUCUCUCUCUCUCUCUCUCUCUCUCUCUCUCUCUCUCUCUCUCUCUCUCUCUCUCUCUCUCUCUCUCUCUCUCUCUCUCUCUCUCUCUCUCUCUGCAGACAGCAGAACCUAGCUAUGAGGACCUGGAGAAGGAGAAGAAGGAGUCUGAAGUGGAGGUGGGUUUCAGACCAUCAGUCCCAAUGGGGGGAUUCAUUGCAUGCAGAAAAUCGACUCUGUAUAUCAGAUUCUGUGCCUCUCCAGUGUUAGUAGGCUGAGACUGAGAGAGUAAAGUAGAGUGUGGCCCAGACUCCUGACCUGUAUAUAUGUGUCAUUGUGACAGUAGCACUCUUGGGCUUUGGUUCUGUGUUAGUGGGACUAGUCAGGCUACACUGGGAUUUUUGUCUCUGGCUCUCUGUGUGUAAGGUAAAUGCUGUGUGAAAGAGUGUGUGUGCUCUUGUGUGCAUUUGUGGUGUCAGUGUAUUACCUAUGUGUGAUGAGUAUCUCACGGUGGUGUGGGUGUGUGUGAGUUGGUGAGUGGGUGGGUGGGUGUGUGUGUGCUCUACGUGUCUAACGUUGUACUGUAUGUCUGUUUGUUGACAGGAGGCGAAAGCCCUCAUUGCCCAGCGAGCGGACAACCCCAGGGAGUUCUUUAAGCAGAAGGAGAAGGCUGUGGCCACUGGUGUGGACAUCUCCCCUGCCUCUAGCCACAGGACCGGUAAGACCAGAGAGAGGGAGGGAGAAGAGGGUAGAGAUGGAGGGAGGGAGGGGCAGAGGGACAGAGGGAGGAAGAGAGGGAGAGUUUGGGUCACCCGACCACCAUUUGUCCUGUCAUUCACCUCGUUACAGGCCUCAGUCCCUGUACUCUGCUGUACGUCACCAGUGUGUCUGUCAUCACUGUGUAUGUGUGGACAGAGCCUUUUGGACCCAGACACCUGGGUAUACCACAGAGAUCUGGAAGGCAGGAGAACAGUUGGAGUAGAAUUCAGACUAAGAUAAGAAGUAAUCCAGUUGAAGACAGAAGAAGAUGUAGAUGGAAGAAGAGAGACAGAUGCUGUAGCAGGAAUCCCUUGCAGGCUACAUUGAUACAGAUAACAGGUGGCUCCAAGGAGCCAGGUGGAGUGGAUGGAGACAGGAACAAGUGCCUGACUGAGUGAGGGUCUCCAUACUGAACAAGACAACACACUCUCCUCUCCACCUGCAAACCCAAACAACCAAAGAAUCUCCCUGAAACAAUAUAUGUUUUUGUCUACAAGCAACAGGAUAUUUUCACCAUGGGAGAAAGCCUCUGUGUUCAUUCCAUCUUAACAUACUGAACUGAAAUCAUGUUCCUUCCUCCAUCAUUAAUGAGCUUGGUGCAGUGCUUCUACUACUGCAUGCUUUGUCCACAGAGUGUCAUUACCACACUAACAACUCUCCCUCUUCUUUAUAUUAUUCUCUUUCUCUCUAUCUCUUUGACCUCUCUAUCUCUUUGACCUCUAUCUCUUUGACCUCUCUAUCUCUUUGACCUCUAUCUCUUUGAGCUCUAUCUAUUUGACCUCUAUCUCUUUGUCCUCUAUCUCUUUGAGCUCUAUCUCUUUGACCUCUCUAUCUCUUUGACCUCUCUAUCUCUUUGACCUCUAUAUCUCUUUGACCUCUAUCUCUUUGACCUCUAUCUCUUUGACCUCUCUAUCUCUUUGACCUCUAUCUCUUUGACCUCUCUCUAUCAUUUGAUUUGAUUCAUGGUUGUGCAUCCAUUUGUCUUGUCGUCCGUCUCUCCAUUCAUCCACACAUACAUCAGUUAAUUUUAUUGUUUAUAAUUAUUUAUAAUUAAUUUUACUCCGGUGUCUCCCUCAGUUCUUUGGAUCCUUGAGCGUCUUUUCUUCUAUUCUCUCCUCACUAAUGAGUUUCUAUGGGACCAUACCCAUUCUCCCACAACUCUUCACUUCUCACCUGGAAUCCUCCUGGGCCUUGCCUCGUUUUAUCUUGACUUUCUCCUUCCUGUCUUCCUCCUACUCUCCCCUGUCUCUCUUUUCUCUGUGCCCCUCUAUCACUCUCCCUCUCUCGUCUUUCCCUGUCCUCCCUGCGUCUGUAUGUAUGUGUGUGUGCGUUGCUGUGUGUGUGUGUCGCUCCGUGUGUGUGUGUGUGUGUGUCACUCUGGGCCCUGUCUCUUGUCAGGCCGUUUGGACAGCCCGUUACCAGGCCGUUUGGACAGCCCGUUUUUGAAGCAGCAGCACAGUCCCAGCGAGCCCAGUCCGCCCCCCCUCCGCACCCCGCCUCACGCGAGGCUACAGCCCACUACACCCGGUAGGUACUGGACAGGAGGAGGAGCAGGGAGGAAGUAGAGACCCCCCCUCUGCCCCCACCCACCCUCACAGGACCACAGUAGAGGACACGCCCCCAUCACCCCAAAUCAUCCCCUGAAGCUGCUGUAACAAACUCAGCUCCCUCUCCUGCACCAUCCUUACAACCCCCCCCGCUAGCUCAGAGCACAGCUGUAGCUACCUACUGUUAGCUAACCUGGGCUUGACGUGCUCUAUUCUAUUUUGAGUCCUUGGAGAGCCUGAAUUAGAUAUCUCCAGAUUGGUACUGUCUGUGGGAGAUGGGUGGCUGUGCAGUGUGCUAAAACGCACGGUGCCCUGUGCUAAAAGCCCUUCCGGUGUGAUGACAGAUCCUGUUCUCCACUAAAGGCUGUGUCUCAGUCAGUCAGCACUCUCCUGGUUUGGCCACUUUCUCUACACUCCCACUCUGGUGCAGUGUGCUUUUAGUUGUCUUGCUGAUGAUGGCAGCUUAUAUCAAAGAGCUGAGUUGAUCAUGGCCCUUAGUUCUGCCUACUAGUUAGUACCUCUUAUAUCUCCUUUCACAAAUGAAUCUGUACACUAACUACCCUAACUUACUAACACACUAUCUUGUCAACCGCCUUCAGUCUUCCACAUCCUUCACGCCAAUGAUGUGUACUCCAUUAUCCCUCUCGGUCACCUCUCGGUCUGAUCUUUUAUCCAGUGUUGUGGGGGUGAGGGUAGGAUGGUUAGGGGAAAAAGUCAUAGUGAACCCUAUAGGGCAGGUUUUCACCUGGAGGAGAGAAGGAGAAAUGAAGGAGAAUAAUCCAAACCUGCAUAGGUUCCAUGCUCCAUUAUUUGUUUUGGCAAUCUUACUUCGUAUCCACCUUUACCCCCAUCUCCCGCAUCCCUGCCCCGUUUCUCUCAUGCUACUCCUGAUGGACUGCGACGCUCUGCUCCGUCCGCAACACACACACCUUGCGUACCUUCUGACGAAUGACCUGUGAGUGUGUGUGCCGUCGUCAUCGAGCUGCUCGUUCCGUUGUGUUGCCCUGGAACUGUGUUGUGUACCCUGUGGGCCCUGUGUGGCCAAACAGUAUAUGGAUGUUACCCCUGAUCUAUGUGGAGUAUUGUACUAUAAUUGUACUGUAACUGUACUGUGUUUUUCCUAAUGUUGUGUGGUCUGUCUGUGUGAGGGUGGCCAACCAGUUCUAACCAGUUCCAACCAGGUCCAACUAGUUCUAACCAGCUCCUACUAGAUCCAACCAGGUCCUAGUAGUUCCAUCCACCAGCUAAAUCAUGAAAUUAGUUUAACUGAAAAUGGAUUCCUAUACCACCAUCAUGAACUUUUCACCUCUGUGUGUGAAAUAUUGACCCCUUAAAUUGAAACUGUGUUUAUAAAUGGUUCAGUGUUGAUGAGGACGGGGCAAUAUCCUAUCCUCCUCUCUUCUCUUAGUAUUUAAAGGCGCCUCGAUUAGAAAGGAAAUGGCAAGUCCACCCAAGCAAGAUGCUGCUGUCGAUUGUAUAUAAUGAGCAGCCACGUAGGGUCAUUCAUCUCUAUGUCCUGUUGUUCCCAGUAACAGUGAUGUUUGUCAUUAUCGUGUGUUUACUGGGGUUUAUUCAUUGAGUGGAUAUUCAUUGUUUCUCAUCCAGAUGCGCCCUCCUCAGGUCAAAUCCCCCAGGUCAUUCUUUGCAAAGUACGUACAGACAGCAGAGAAUCACAAAGCACUUCUCAAGUGCAUAUUUUAAUUUGAACUUUUGAUGGACUUUACACAUACCCAAAAUGUAUACUGGGGCAGGAUUAAAUCAGUCAAGACAGAUAAACAAAAGGAAUCCUGCACAGAGAAUUGCUGCUCCCAAAAGUGAAUUCACUGUUUAAAUCAAGACAAAUAGCAUCACUGUGAAGAUCUUUGUCAGAGGGUAUUUUUGCUUGAGGUGCUGAAGAUGCCCCUAACCACAGAUCUCAGAUCAGAUUACUUUACCUCCAUUCCUAACCAUAAUCAUUGGAUAUCUGAUCCUGUAUCAGUGGUUAGGGGCAACUUCUACCUACAGUACUUAUUGAAGUCCAUGUACUAUAUUGUAGUGGAGAGCUGAUAUAGCCCAUAUGGAAUAACUGUUGCUGCAGCUCAUGCAUGAGAUUGUCACUACUGCUGCUACUGCUCUACUGUGUUACUUCUACACUAUAUAUACAAAAGUAUGUGGGCACCCCUUCAAAUUAGUGGAUUCGGCUAUUUCGGCCACUCCCGUUGCUGACAGGUGUAUAAAAUCGAGCACACAGCCAUGCAAACUCCAAAGACAAACAUUGGCAGUAAAAUGGCCUUACUGAAGAGCUCAGUGACUUUCAACGUGGCACCGUCAUAGGAUGCCAACUUUCCAACAAGUCAGUUCGUCAAAUAUUUGCCCUGCUAGAGCUGCCCCGGUCAACUGUAAGUGCUGUUAUUGUGAAGUGGAAACGUCUAGGAGCAACAACGGCUCAGCCGCGAAGUGGUAGACCACACAAGUUCACAGAACAGGACUGCGAUUGCUGAAGCGUAAAAAUUGUCUGUCUUCGGUUGCAACACUCACCACCGAGUUCCAAACUGCCUCUGGAAGCAACGUCAGCACAAGAACUGUUCCUCUGGAGCUUCAUGAAAUGGGUUUCCAUGGCCGAGCAGCCACACGCACACAAGCCUAAGAUCACCAUGCACAAUGCCAAGUGUCGGCUGGAGUGAUGUAAAGCUUGCCGCCAUUGGACUCUGGAGCAGUGGAAACGCGUUUCCUGGAGUGAUGAAUCACGCUUCACCAUCUGGCAGUCCAAUGAAGGAAUCUGGGUUUGGCGGAUGCCAGGAGAACGCUACCUGCCCAAAUGCGUAGUGCCAACUGUAAAGUUUGGUGGAGGAGGAAUAAUGGUCUGGGGCUGUUUUUCAUGGUUCGACUAGACCCCUUAGUUCCAGUGAAGGGAAAUCUUAACACUACAUCAUACAAUUACAUUCUAGACGAUUCUGUGCUUACCUCUUUGUGGCAACAGUUUGGGGAAGGCCCUUUCCUGUUUCAGCAUGACAAUGCCCCCGUGUACAAAGCGAGGUCCAUACAGAAAUGGUUUGUCGGGAUCAGUGUAGAAGAACUUGACUGGCCUGAACAGAGCCCUGACCUCAACCCCCCGAACACCUUUGGGAUGAAUUGUAACGCAGACUGCGAGCCAGGCCUAAUCGCCCAACAUCACUGCCGACUUCACUAAUGCUCUUGUGGCUGAAGUCCCCGCAGCAUUGUUCCAACAUCUAGUGGAAGCCUUCCCAGAAGAGUGGCAGCUGUUAUAGCAGCAAAGGGCGGACCAACUCCAUAUUAAUGCCCAUGAUUUUGGAAUGAAAUGUUCGUCGAGCAGGUGUCCACAUACUUUUGGUCAUGUAGUGUACAUGCUCAAAUGCCUGAUGGAAAGGACCCAUGCUUCACCAUCACCAGUGAUGUUACCCAUACGUCACAUGAUCUCAUCCCCAGCUACAUUUGAGUUUUAGCAGAUAUACUCUGACACAGCUGCUGCUGCACCAUUCAAGUCAAUCCUGAAAACAAAUAACCACACCAUUGUCAUCAGUGUGAAAUUGAAUGCAGUGUUCAGGCUAGCCUGACUGUGAACAUUGUGACCAAUGGUGUUAUUUUAAUUGUGUUCAUGUGAUUUUGUGGUGGCCUUUUGUCUGUGUUUGUUAACAUUUUGAAUGUUUUGGUGAUUUGAUUGUUGGGUGGUACAGUAUUUUCAUUGUGUUAGUGAUUUAAUUGUUUGGUGGCAUUUUGAUUGUGAGUGAAAUGAUUGGGUGAUGGUGAUGUAUGGUGGUGAUGGUUUGAAGUUGUUCUGGUGUACCCUCUCGAUGUGUGUUGUCUGAUAUUCCUCCUCCAGAUGGUGAUGAUGAAGGGAGCUUAGAUCACAGUGUGGGAAUGUCCCCAACGCCCGUCCCCCAAAUUGUCACCACACCCAUCCAGGAGGCGGAGGAUGACAGCCGGAAUGAGUGGGGUAAGACUGGGCAGAGUUUGGUUAUACUGGGGUAAGCCUGGGUGCCUUACGAGGACUUAAAUCCUUGAAUUCUGUUUGAUUACGUUGCUACAGGCUACUUUGUACAUGGCUAAUGUUAGCAUUGAAAGCCAUUGAGCGCCCUUACUCUGUUGGAUAUCAUUUAUCCCAGACAAACAAACACAGAUGACACACACAUGCAUACGCAUAUAUAUUUUGAUAGACCAAAGUAUCAGCUAUCACACCAUGUAAAGGAACAACCUCCUAAUUAAAAACAUUUCAGGAAAUGCAACUAACUGGAUUUAUGUGAACUCCGUUAGACACCAUAAAAGGCAUUUCAUUUUUACAAUUAUUGUCCAACAAGUGUUUAAAGGCUUUAAUUCUAACAUUAGAUUAUUCAAAUAUGUAAUACAAAUCUACAAACGUAUUUUUAUUUUGUUUAAUAGCACUAUAAAAUGCUCCCGGGCUAAUUUCGUUAGCAUUUUUUUUGAAUAUAUUAAAAAUAUAUAUAAAGCAAACCCUAUCCCUUAGGUCUAGCACAGCAAAUACUAAAAGAAAUUAAGCAUAUCUUGCAGAACAGUGAGUUGCACUGACGGAGUUAACAACAGAUACUCAAAACAGAUACUCAAAACAGACAUAUUUUUGCCUAUAAAAAUAAAAGUUCAAUACAAACAUUUGUAAAAUAUGGAAAAUGAUUGAUGUGAAAAUCCCCAAUAAAAUCAUUCUAUCAGAUCUUUAAGCACUCUGACGGAGUUGACGUUAGACAAAAAUCUGACCGAGUGGAUGUUUUACAGAGUUGACAAAAAUAUAACAUUUUCUUCUUCAUUCAGGUGGUAUACACAGUAGCACUUUAGUUUUUCCUCAGUUGCUUUAGGACCCUAAAACUGAAUUAAAUGUAACAUUUGGGGGUUGGGGGCCCUCAAAGCUUGUGGGUCCCCUGUCUUGUGGUGUAUGCUACGCCAGUGACACGCAUACACACACAUACACACACACACACACACACACCCUGGGACUGUGUGUAUUUUCCCAGGCCUAAUUUGCCUUCACAGAUGGCUGGGCUUCCCCUGCUCAUGUCUCUAGGCCCCAGUGGCACUCUGAUACAUACUGUGGUACUGUAGACUGUGUUAAAGUACACCACCUGGACACAAAUGACUAUAACAGGAACACAACACUGUGGGUAUCACUGUGUAGGAGUCCAUGCGGUGUUCUCUGAAGUUAAAGCUAUAAUUCAUGUCAUGUUGUGGACCUAAGAGAUAUUGGACUGUAGGUAUACUGUAAGAGCAUCAAUCAACAGUGUGGUCUUUCUAUUGCUGCAAUUAUGUUUUCAGUGGAGUUUAUUAUCUGUUAACAUUGUGACUAGAAUUACCUUGUCCGGGCAUAUUGAUGAUAUUUUGACUGUUUCAGUUUGUGUCCUAUCAGGGCUUAUUGAUAACAAGUUUUGACUGUUAUCAAUAACAGUCCCCCUCCCUCCCUCUCUACCUUCCUCCCCUCCAGGUGAGCCCAAGCAGCAGCCAGGCCCGGUCCAGGACUCCACCCCCACCAAGCCCAUUCAGAGUGUGGCACCCCAGACCCGCACAGACUCCAAAGCCCCGUCCUCAGCACCGGACGACUAUGACCCCUUCUCAGGCUUCAGGCCCCUGCCUGCCCCCACUGCCGCAGACCCCAUGGUGGACCUAUGGGACUGCAGCCCUGCCACCGGCAUCGCCCCCUCUCAGGCCCCACCCCCUGGAGGGCGACCCCAGCCCCUGCUGAGCUUCGACGAGAUGGGGGACGUACCAUUCUGCCCGGGGGGUUCCGAGGGGGUCGAGGAUGAGCCCUCCAGCCUAGUGGACGUGGCCGGGACCCACGAUAUGACCAUGAGCUACCAGCAAGCACUGCAGCACGCUUCAGAGGACACUCAGCUGAUGACCAACGGGGAGACGCUGCUCAAAGAAGGGACUCAGGUCAGGAGAGGAGCAGUAGUCAUGUUAUCUCAUAUAACAGUAUAUUGAGCAAAAUUACUUGGCAGCACUUUACAUGCAUGGAGUUGUUCUUAUACUUAUGCCAUUAAGUUGACAUUUUGCCAAUACUUUGGUAACCAGCAUAUCAUUUCUCAGCUGCACAACAACAAAUAAGGUAUGUUGUCUGCACUAUCUGUAUUGUAUUAUUCCUUAUCUUAAAAUAAGUAUAAAAUUAUGUGCCACAAGAUGGCAGUAAAUGCAUUCUACAUCAGCAGUAGUUAGUGCCACUGGUUACCUGGGAGAGAGAGGAUGGCAGUUUGUUCUGUGUUCCUGAUCUGGAACAAAGAUGUACAACACAUACACAGAUAGUAUAGUACUGAAUGAUCUAUGGUACAAAUUGUACUGUACAUGUAGUAUUUCUUUGGACAAAGUGGCUCGGUGAAAUACCGUGACUUCAGAAAGUAUUCACACCCCUUGACUUUUUCCACGUUGUUGUGUUACAGCCUGAAUUUGUGUCACUGAUCUACACAUAAUACCCCAUAAUGUCAAAGUGGAAUUCUGUUUACAAAUUAAUUAAAAAUGAAAAGCUGAAAUAUCUUGAGUCAAUAAAUAUUCAACCCUUUUGUUAUGGCAAGCCUACAUAAGUUCAGGAGUAAAAAUGUGCUUAAAAAGUCACAUAAUAAGUUGCAUGGACUCACUCUGUGUGCAAUAAUAGUGUUUAACAUGAUUUUUAAAUGACGACCCCAUAUUUGUACCCUACACAUACAAUGAAUUAUCUGUAAUGUCCCUCAGUCAAGCAGUGAAUUUCAAACAGAGAUUCAACCACAAAGACCAGGGAGGUUUUCCAAUGGUUCACAAAGAAGGGCACCUAUUGGUAGAUGGGUAAAAAGAAAAAGCAGACAAUGAAUAUCCCUUUGAGCAUGGUGCAGCUAUUCAUUACACUUUGGAUGGUGUAUCAAUACACCCAGUCACUGCAAAGCUGCAGGCGCCCUUCCCAACGCAGUUGCCGGAGAGGAAGGAAACCGCUCAGGGAUUUCACCAUGAGGCCAAUGGUGACUUAAAAACAGUUACAGAGUUUCAUGGCUGUGAUAGGAGAUAACUGAGGAUGGUUCAACAACAUUGUAGUUACACCCCAAUACCAACAUAAAUGACAGAGUGAAAAGAAGGAAGCCUAUACAGAAUAAAAAUAUUCCAAAACAUGCAUCCUGUUUGCAAUAAGACACUAAAGUAAUACUGCAAAAAAAUUUGCUAAGAAAUUAACUUUUUUUCUUGAAUACAAAGUGUUAUGUUUGGGGCAAAUCCAACAUAACACAUAUCACUGAGUACAAUUUUCAAGUAUGGUGGUGGUGGCAUCAUGUUAUGGGUAUGCUCGUCAUCGGCAAGGACUAGUGAGUUUUUUAGGAUCAAAAGAAACUGAAUAGAGCUAAGGACAGGCAAAAUCCUAGAGGAAAACCUGGUUCAGUCUGCUUUCCAACAGACACUUGGAGACAAAUUCAGCUUUCAGCAGGACAAUUACCUAAAACACAAGGCCAAAUAUACAGUCUGCUAAGCAACUAGAGUUGCUUACCAAGACAACAUUGAAUGUUCCUGAGUGGCCUAGUUUCGACUUAAAUCGGCUUGAAAUUCUAUGGAAAGACUUGAAAAUGGCUGUUUAGCAAUGAUCAAUAACCAACUUGACAGAGCUUGAAGAAAUUUUAAAAUAAUAAUGUGCAAAUAUUGUACAAUCCGCGUGUACAAAGCUCUUCGAAAUUUACCCAGAAAGACUCACAUCUGUAAUCGCUGCCAAAGUAAUUCUAACAUGUAUUGACUCAGGGGGUUGAAUACUUUUCUAAUUAAGAUAUAUCAGUGUUUUAUUUUCUAUUAAUCUUUUUUUUUUUCAUAUAAUCUUUCUUCCACUUUGACAUUAGAGUAUUUUGUGUAGAUCGUUGAAAAAAAAUUACUAUUAAAUUAAAUUAAAUUGUAAUACUUUCUGAAGACACUGCAGCAGUAGCAUAGUGUGCCUAUAUGUCUACAGGCAGAGAGACAAUACUGUUAUUAACUAAUGUUUCUGUCUGCCUGUCUGUCUGUGCAGGCGAGCGAGGGCUACUUCAGCCAAUCGCAGGAGGAGGAGGAGUGCUCUGCUAAAAUGACCCCAACGUCAGUGUUUUAUAACAAGCCACCAGGUGAGAGAGGGAGAGAGAGAGAGAGAGAGAGAGAGAGUGCACGUCAUGCGAGGAUUAAACAUAAAAAUAACCUUUCUGCCUGAAAGCUGUGAAGAUUAGUCUGUUGGAAAUACAUCAAUAUAUGAAAAAAGUAGUAACACUGUAAAAUUAGGUACCAUUUGUAAAGUGUUUAAAGGGUUUAUAAUUACGUAAUUAAGGGUUAUUUAGUCAUUUCUAAAUGCAUUAUAAACCAUUAAUAAACACUUAUAUUGCUUUGGGUUAAAUAGUGCAAUUAACUAGUCAAUGCUUGCCAAAAAGUGAGCCAAUAUUUACCUCCUUUUAUUAACCGUUUACAAAUGCACUUACAAAUACUUAUAAUAUGAACCCUUAGGUAUAAUCAUGCAACCUUAUUUUCAAUGGCUGCACAGUUAAACAAUAGUUAUUUUUCUCCCUCUUGGUUGUGAUGCAUUAGUGCUCUGUCCCAGGAACAGAAAAGGUUGGUUUUCAGACCAAUGGUCAACAUCGCACUAUUUUGACCAAUGCGUUAUAACCCAUUCAUUAAUGGUUUGUAGUGCAUUUACAAAUAAUUAAAUAACCAUUAACAACAUCAUUAUAAACUCUUUAUAAACCCUUUACAAGUGGUACCUUAAAAAUCACCAGCCUGGCUAAACACGUUGUUGUUGUUACUAUUUUGUUCAAGAACUGCUGUCAUGCUUAUUUUUGAAGACAGUCUGACUUAUGAUGCUGAUUGUUACAGUAUGUGGUUGUUUCUGCCCCCUUAUUUGACAUAUUGUAAGACACCCUGGAUAAAAAUACUAAAGUUUGUGCGUGUGUGUGUGUGUGUUUGUUUUUUCAAACAUUGACCGAGUGGAUUUAUGGAUGUUUAUCUAUGCCCUGUGCGUGUGUACAGAGAUUGACAUCACAUGCUGGGACACAGACCCUGUAAUGGAAGACAGCGACUAGACCAUGGCGGAGUAGUCCAGUCCGGCGGUGGGAAGCAGAAACAAUGCAUCAUCAACAACGAAACAGAUUUUAAAAAAAGUAAUAAUAACAAGUCUUGCAUAAAAAAAUCUGUAUAAUGUUCUAGAUUUUUUUUUUUUUUUAAGGAUGUUAGCCACCAAAAUGGUUUUUGAGUUAUUGUUAAAGAUGCUAAUGGAUUGAUGAUGAGCUCUUGGUUUUGUGUUUUUAUUUUAUUUAUUGCUUUGAUUUCUCAUUGUUUUGCUAUGCAGAGUAAAUAGUGGGGAGUGGGGAAUACUUUCUUGCGCACGGCUGUGUCCUCUACAGCAGACUAUGACCCCCUGUACCAGACAGGUAGCCUAUUAGAAUGUAGAGCAAACCCUAUUGUGCCCAAUCACAAUGAUUCCUACCACAGCCCCCUCCCUUUGUCCUCUCUCCCCCAAACCCAGGCACCACCUUCCACCCUCCUUACUGCUCAAGAGUUGCCUCCAUCCUAGCUCUGGCCCUCUCCACUGAAGCCUAGGGGAUCUACUACCCACAUCCCCCAUCCAUUCUCUCUCAUUCUGGGUAGCUACAGUCGUUGUAGAUAAAAGUGGGAGUGGUGCCUGGUGGAAAGGAGGGAGGGAGAGGGGAUCAGAGAGGAGUGGUGCCUAGUGUAAUCCUGUAGUCUUUGAUGUUUCAGUUUGGCCUUGGGGCCAUGAGGAGGGGGAGGGGGGAACCAGAUAA